AUGCAGACAGCACCCAGUCCUCCAGUGUCCAGUCCUCCAGUGUCCAGGCCUCCAGUGUCUAGUCCUCCCCUGUCCAGUCCUCCAGUGUCCAGUCCUCCAGUGUCUAGUCCUCCCCUGUCCAGUCCUUCAGUGUCCAGUCCUCCAGUGUCCAGGCCUCCAGUGUCUAGUCCUCCCCUGUCCAGUCCUCCAGUGUCCAGUCCUCCAGUGUCCAGUCCUCCAGUGUCCAGGCCUCCAGUGUCUAGUCCUCCCCUGUCCAGUCCUCCAGUGUCCAGGCCUCCAGUGUCUAGUCCUCCCCUGUCCAGUCCUUCAGUGUCCAGUCCUUCAGUGUCCAGUCCUCCAGUGUCUAGUCCUCCAGUGUCUAGUCCUCCCCAGUCCAGUCCUUCAGUGUCCAGUCCUCCAGUGUCUAGUCCUCCCCUGUCCAGUCCUUCAGUGUCCAGUCCUCCAGUGUCUAGUCCUCCCCUGUCCAGUCCUUCAGUGUCCAGGCCUCCAGUGUCCAGGCCUCCAGUGUCCAGGCCUCCAGUGUCUAGUCCUCCCCUGUCCAGGCCUCCAGUGUCCAGUCCUCCAGUGUCCAGUCCUCCAGCUUUGAGUCAUUUCAUUCGUACCUUCUGCUGUGUUUAA